AUGAUUUGUGAAAUAAUCCCAAAAAAUAUGUGGAGAUAUAUUAAUUCCUCGGAAAACCCGGCUGAUUGUGCAAGUCGUGGGUCGACAGCUCUUCACUUGACGAGUCUUUCGCUUUGGUGGCACGGGCCUGAAUGGUUAUCUCAAUGUAAUCUCAAAGAGCAUUCUGAAAAGCCUACAUAUACUACAGAUAUAGAUCUGAAAAAGAAAAACCUGGAAAUAUCUGAACUUUCUGUCGCUAAGGUUUUAAAUAAAAAGAGUCAAAUACUAAAUCUUAACCCCGUUUUAGACUCAACUGGAUUGCUCCGAGUCGGUGGACGGCUGAAAAACUCAAACAUCGAUCCUGAAAUGAAAUAUCCUAUAAUUAUUCCAUCACAAUCGAAGUUAGCUGAGCUUAUUAUAGACGAAGCCCACGAACUUGUAUUUCAUGGUGGGGCUAAAUUAACCGCAGUUAGAGACGAUUGGCGUUUAAUUGUUUAUUAUGAUACAUAUCCCUAUCAAGAAGGUACGGCCGCACUCAUGAAAGACAUUCAGUAUCUCAAAACAAUAUGCUCUAUGAUAAAGGAACAACUGACACAUUGCGACGGUAUCACGUUACAGCUCGAGCACGAGUUCGAUGAAAUGAAACAUUAUAAUGAUAUUGUAAUUAUGAGUAACUCGUUUGAUACGGGAGCUAAGCGCCAACGUCGUGGUUUGAUAGACGGAGUAGGUUAUGUUGCUAAUAGUUUAUUUGGAUUAUUAGAUCAUAGGUUUGCAGAAAAAUAUGAAAAAGAUAUCGAUCUUUUAAGAGAGAAUGAAAAUCAUUUAUUUAAAUUGUGGAAAAAUCAAACUUCAGUCGUGGAAGCUGAAUUAAAUCUUAUGAAAAGAAUGGAAAGUACAAUGACUAAACAACAUAAAAUAGUCAAUCAAAAACUUAAUAACCUUGAGAACUCAAACCUUAUUCUUAAACAAAAAAUACAAAACGCAUCUUUUAUCUCGGAUUUUAUAACCUCGGCAUUUAUAACUAACAACUUAUUAUAUAAUCUCAGAAGAAUACAAGACUUUAUAUUAGAUACAGUAACGAAUAUUUACAGUGGUAAAUUAGAUUUCCAUUUGAUAUCUCCAAAACAGCUGAGGUCAGAAUUAAAUUUGAUAUCUGCACAACUACCCAGUGAUUUGGCGUUGCCGGUUGACAAUUUCCACUUUCAAGAUAUUUAUAGUUUAUUAAAAGUUAAAACAAAGAACACUAAAAAAUAUUUAAUAAUAGAAAUAAGAAUACCCUUGGUGGAAAGAAAUAUUUAUGAAAUCUUUAAUCUCAUUUCAAUCCCACGUAUCUCAAACGGCAGUAUGGAGACAGUGAUUCCAACCUCUAAUUUAGUGGGUAUCAAUAUACAAAAGGACUCGUACAUAACAAUCUCGGAAAGCGAUUUUCAAUCAUGUCUAAAUCAGAACCCUACAACUAUGUUUUGUCAUAUUAGAAAUCCUAUUCGGCACUUAAAAGAUGACCAUGAUUUAUGUAAGACGAUUCCUAAUACAAGAAUUUGUCAAACAACUUUUUCACCAUGUAGGAAUCAUUGGCGGGAAUUAUCAUCCCCGAAUAAAUAUUAUUCUUUUUGUUGUAAAGAAUGCAACAUAAAAUUACUCUGCGAACGUCAAAUUAAAUCAACAAAGGUAUCGAAUGCGGGUUUGUUGAGCGUUAUGGAGGGUUGUAUAAUAAAAACCAAAGAUUUUCAGGUCUAUUCUCAUAAAAGGUUGUCCAGUAACAUAAGUAUUAGUUCAGAAUUUGAGGCAUUAGAAAUGUCGCCAAUAAAUAACAUUAUUAAUAUAUCCAUCUCAAAAUUGCAAACUCAUGAUCUUGAUUCGAAUAGCUCAGAAGACAUUCGACAAUUUGAAGAAAUAAAAAGAAACAUUGAAAUCUUGAAACAGAGCGAAACAUUAAGCACCAAGAUAUCCUACCAUGAUGUUCACCAUUAUUUUAUUAUAUAUGUUUUAAUCGCGAUCCUGGUUGUUCUGGCAAUAAUUGCCUAUUGGAGACGGUUGCGUCGACGAGCUUCUGCAGAGCCGGCGGUGGAGGCUGUGACCAGGAGUAUAGAAGCCACAUCUCUGCCAUCUCCACAACCCGUGAAAAGUGAUAGUGUUGUGAGCAUUCCACCCAAGGGAUUUGAGCUUAUUCUUCACAUAGAGAGCUCAAUCACGACUUGCGGUUUGGUUCAAGACCGAAACCCCAGUCUUGAACCACCGAUAACAUACUUCAGAGUAGUCGACCGACUCGGCAUAGGCCGUGGUCCUAAAAUUGAGAUUAUCCGAGGGGGCUUACGUCAUAAAUACCUGGUCCUUCGUCUGCAAUCCAUCUACGGGUAUCCCAUAUCCGUCAAUGUCUACGUGGGUUGCGAAAACAAGAUGCAAUUAAAAACAAUUAAGAAAACUUCCGUUGUUGCUACAACAAUAAAAGCAAUAACUACUGAUGCUACUACAGACUUAGUAGAGAAACUUGGACCUGGUUCUGAUGCUUCUGAUACAAAUUCAACUGCUGUUCCUACUACUAUUGAAUAA